GCACGCAAAAGACCGCCGCUCCGCUCCUGCCGCUCGCGCGUCUGCACAGAUCUGCCGUGUGAUAGGGCGGAGGAGCUGACCGCAAACUGCCUGAGGAGACAGAGAGAGGAAAAAAAUUCAUUCACAGAGAAGCCGGCGGUGGUUAUUUUUAGGGUGGAGGAGGUGACAGGCAGCAGAAGCCUUUUUGCAAACAUUCCCACAUCGCUUCGCUCCACCUUGAAUUAACGCAGGAUAUGUCAGCGUAGAGCCGUGCGUAAAGGAAGCUGCGUGCGGCGCCGCGGUAAGGAGACGCUUUACGGGCAAUUUCACCUCAUUUCUGGAGGAAAAAUUUCCACUCUGCUGAUUGCAAACGACGCAGCCGGCGUUCCUGGUUUGCUGCUCAGACGGUGUCGGUGCAUCGGAUCGGGUCGUUGUCUCCGCUGAGGACACGUUUGUUGGUUUUAUUGCUGUUGGUGUUAUUUGGGGCAGCGAGCCGCCUCCGUCAGGUGCAGAGCAGAGUCAGAGCAUCACAUCCGCCCAGCAGAGAUGGCAAAAGCAGACCAGCGUUUCGGCCAGCGGGACGGCUCGGACCAGAACUUUGACUACAUGUUUAAGCUGCUGAUCAUUGGCAACAGCAGCGUCGGGAAAACCUCCUUCCUGUUUCGCUACGCCGACGACUCCUUCAGCAACUCCUUCGUCAGCACCGUGGGCAUUGACUUCAAGGUGAAGACGGUGUAUCGCAACGACAAGAGGAUCAAGUUGCAGAUCUGGGACACAGCGGGGCAGGAACGUUACCGCACCAUCACCACAGCCUACUACCGUGGGGCCAUGGGCUUCAUCCUCAUGUAUGACAUCACCAAUGAGGAGUCCUUCAAUGCCGUCCAGGACUGGGCGACUCAGAUUAAGACAUACUCGUGGGACAACGCCCAGGUGAUCAUGGUGGGCAACAAGUGCGACAUGGACGAGGAGAGAGUCGUACCUCCAGAGAAAGGAAAACACCUCGCCGACCAGUUAGGCUUCGAGUACUACGAGGCGAGUGCCAAGGAAAACAUCAAUGUGCGGCAGGUCUUCGAGCGCCUGGUGGACAUCAUCUGUGUGAAGAUGUCCGAGCGCGUGGACGUGGAGGUGCCGGCGGCCCCCGGGACCAAGACCACCAGACUGACCGACAAGCCCGCCCAGCUACCUCAGAAGUGCUGCUGAUCAUCUGUCAGUUCAUCCGUUCAUCCCUACGCUGUAACCUCAUCCCCUCCCCCCUAAAAUCUCUUAAGAAAAACAAAAAAAAACAGAUUAACUAUUAUAACAUUCCUCUACACACUCUCUCUGCUUCAGUCCAUGUUUGUGAGCAGUCAAUAACCACUACUGCGAUUUAUAUAGCCAGUUUCAUCCCCUUCCUGUCCCCAAGUAUCUGAGGUUGGUUCUUAUGUAGUCGGAGUAAAGGUGGCAGUGCACUCUGGACAAAACUUAAUUUGGCGUGUUUGAAAAGGUUCCAGAUUUCAGGAGGUUAUACAGUGUAGUGCGAGGAGCCCGGCCACACCAGAAAGCGGCAAAACAGUGUUCAUCCAGCUAACACGCUAGCCAGUGAAAAACGUUAGCACUAAUUAGUUACAAGCCGGCUAGGGUUGCAAACUGCCAGCUGGCAUGCUAGUUAGCUUGGUCGCUAACAGGACAAUAGGUUUGUGCAUUUUAUUUUAAAGAGACGUGUUUGUAUCACCGCCUCUGCAAACCACUUCACUGCUGUGGAACAGGUCAGACAGAGGAGGAGUUACAAGAGGAUGGAGCAACACAGCUAACAAGCUACGAUAGCUUCUUUUGUUUUGAAAUCUUUGGCUCUGUCAAGAUCACAGAAGAGAGGUACAAAAGUAUAAAGAGAACUUGAUACAGCGUUGAAGGCAAGGUCCCGUUUGUUAUAGCCUAGCUCAAUUUCGAAUCUGUUUGGAUCUUCCACAUUGUUGGACCCAUAGAGUACGCGCACUGAAGACUUAUGGCAGCCGAGUGGCUAACUUCCUGUUUAGCACUCUGCUAACUUUAAUAGGAAUAAAAUGAUUUAAUCGUGCAGCUCCCCUGGACUUUCGAAAUGUUAUCAGACCAAACGGAUGAAAUUCUGAUAGUGAAACGAGUUAUAUUGCGCACAAAAUAUUAUCCAAGUCUUUUCAAGCCCUGUGGCGUCAGCAACCUGUUUUCACCCCAACUCAUCAAGUACCGCUGCUUUGUCAGUGGUGCUACUUGUCCAGAUAUGUCCCACUAGGUACCCUCCUGUGUCAGUUUUGGAUGUUCAGGAACAGCUUGUCAAUAUAUGCACCUUACAUGCAUUGUGUCUUUUAAAAAGACACUUCCGUUUUCACUGGAAAUGUGCAGUUUCUGCUGGUUACAUGCAUACAGUGUUUUCAAAACAAAGAUAAAACACUUCGUUUUCAGGUUGAUUUCCGUAAGUUUAGGCAAAAAGGACGUGCUUAGGUUUAAAAAAACCCCCAUCAUGGUUUGGUUUUAAGUAAGUACGUGAUGUAUAGUGACUUAUGUCACUACCAUAGCAUGCUACACAUAACAACACACUAUGUUGUUAUUAAAAUAAUGAUAAUACUACUAAUAAUAAUAAUUUUGGAUUUAUAUAGCACUUUUCAGGAUACUCAAAGAUGCUUUAAAAAGAGCAAAUAACUUAAUUGACUUUUGGUUUCACAAGUGAAACAAACAGCUGGCUCCCAGGUGAAAGUCCAGAGUUUGUCUGACCUCCUAAAAAAAUAUCUGUAAUUACAUGGCAAUAGCAGUUAUUGUGGUUCUGGAACAUUUUUUAAACCUGGCUAGCUUGUGUCCCGAUCUCAGCUUCGUUUUGGUCACACGCCAAAUUUUGUUCUGAGUGCACUGCUGAGCUGGAAGCAGGGUCCACAGGUUAGCACAGCACUGCCUCUCCUCUCAAAGUGUAGCACAACGAGAAACUCACACCACCACAGCUGCUCAUGUUCACAAGUUUACAAUUGUUCACGCGCCAGUCAUCCGCCGAAAAACAUCAGACUAGGCUGCUUCUCAAAUAGCUAGUAAUAGUGAGUCCACUCGAAUACAAUAUGCCUAUAGCCUAACUAACUGUUACUGGCCUUACUUAGUGCUGUUCGUGGCUUGAAAGACGCUUUAGGGCUACACCACCAAUGCACAACUCCCGGGCAGGGCUGCAGCCGAAAUCAUUCGAGGAGUGGGUCGAGUCCGAGACCGACACAAGUCCAAAAAUGUGUCUGACAUCAGAGUCUGAUGCUGCUCUAAACAGAGAGUUCCUCCUGAUGUUGUACAGAGUUAAUUUAGAUUAGCAGUGUUGGUGUUGAGACAAAUCAUUUUACAGAAUGUACGACAACAACGAUAAACAAUAAUGCACUUUGCUGAACAACACUGAUGUUACUAGCAGCCCACCCUCCAGGCGGGAUUAGACCAAUUUUAAUGCAAAUGAACAGCACAGAAAUCUUCAGAAGCACAUUGCAUCCAUCAAAGAAAGUCAUUUCUAGUCAUUAUGACUUCUGCAUCUUUAGGACGGAGUAUCUUAUAAUUACCAGAAAAUGUUUUCAGAUUUAUUAGAGUCGUAUCUCAGAAGUACGAGAUAAAGAUCUUGUAAUUAUGAGAUAUUUUUCUCGUAGCAUCAUGAGACAGCAUCGCCCUUUUUCUUCUUUGGUGAAUGUGUAGUGUGGAAACAAACUGGCUGAUACCUAUGAAAGACGCUCUGUUUAACCCACAACUGGAGGACAACAAAUCUGUGCAAUCUUUCCCACAUUACAAAAUCUCACAUCAGGGACGUUUAAGUCCGCAAAUCCACAUUUGAGCUCACAUUGACAGAUCUAAGAUCACUUCCUGUGGCCUCAUUUCCUAAUCUGCUUCCUUCAGCUGUUUGGUCAGAUUCUCCAUUUUAAAUGUGGAACAGUGUGUUUCUCAUCUCCUGUAGCAGCUGCAGAGCGCUUCAUGGUGUUUCAGCUGAUACUUUGGUGCUUAUACCUGACAGGAAGUGUCAAAAUAUCUGCCAUAGUGCAGCAGCUGGGAAUAUAUCCUAUCAUAUUUGGUUGUGCAUUGAAGGCAUGGAGGGAUUACUGAAUGGGCCCAGCAGGCGCAGGUCCAGGGGGCCCAGAAAUGACUGUAAGGCAAGACCAAUAUCACAGAUUACAAAUUUGCAUCAAGGUGCUUUACAAUGUGUCCAACAUGCGACACUGCUGACCUUUGUCUUAAGUGUAUAAGCAGCUGAAAAUAAGAAUCGUUGUGUUUUUUCAUUACCUUAGAAUGAGCUGUUUAUUUAUAUCUACAUAGGGAGCAGGUCCUCGUCACGGAGAUCACCAUGUUACACUGCCAUGUUUCUACAGUA